GAUUCAUUGCACUGCCAUUUUGCACACAAGUUUGACUGGCACACGCACACGCGCGCAAGCACGCGCAUCACAAGCCUCUGGGGCGACCUCUAUAGAGGAAUUCGGGCUUUUGUAAGAAGACCGGCUGCAGAAAGCGAAGGUUGUGCAUGCAGGAAGAUACUGAGACGACACGCGAAGAAGAGGAGGCAGUCUAAGAAUGUCCCCUUUGUCGUAUUUUGACGGAGGAGAAUUGAAUCAUGGUUGAUUUUGUGUCGAUUUGGUGAUUUCUUUUUCUUCCCUUUGCUUUAUUCGCACUCUCAUCAGCAUCGGCCGAGGUGCGUUCAGGGACACUCGGGACGUUUGGGCGAUCAGCUUUGUUUCAUUUCCGCAUUCGAAUGCUUUACUAUUAAGGCGAAUGUAGGUUUUUUUUUUUUUUUUUUUCUAUUUAAAAAAAAAAAAAUAUUUUUUAGGCUAGCGUAUGAAUCCAGGGUGCUCGCUCUCCUCCUCCUCUUCGUCUUCCUCCCCUAGCUGAGACGGGCGAUCCUCGCAGAGGGCAUUAUCCCCUUCGUCCUCCUCCCCUCCGCUAAAGACAUUUUGAUCGUCCUCUACUACUACUCCACCCCCCACCCCCUACCCCCUACCCCCAUCCCGUCCCCCGUCACCUCCUCCGGGCUCCAGCCGAAGCCGCUCCUCCUCCACCAUGUCCGGGCCGACUCUGACGGACCGGAUCGCCGCCGCGCAGCACAGCAUGAGCGGCUCGGCCAUCAGCAAAGCCGUGUGCAAGGCCACGACGCACGAAGUGAGCGGACCCAAGAAGAAACACCUUGACUAUCUAAUCCACUGCACCAACGAGCUGAAUGUCAGCAUCCCUCACCUGGCGGACACGCUACUGGAGCGCACGGCCAGCAACAGCUGGAUCGUGGUCUUCAAGGCGCUCAUCGCCACGCAUCACCUCAUGAUGUACGGCAACGAGAGACUGAUGCAGUACGUCGCCUCCAGAAACACGCUCUUCAACCUCAACAACUUUCUAGAUAAGGCCGCGCUACAAGGAUACAACAUGUCCACCUUCAUCAGACGCUACAGUCGCUACCUGAACGAAAAAGCCAUGUCGUUCCGGUUAGCAGCAGUGGACUUCACCAAGAUGAAGCGAGGGGCCGACGGCGUAAUGCGCACUAUGAACACAGACAAGCUGAUUAAAACGCUGCCAAUCAUUCAGAACCAGCUGGAUGCGUUGCUGGAUUUCCAGCCUAACUCCAACGAGCUGAGCAACGGAGUCAUUAACACGGCCUUCAUGCUGCUCUUCAAAGAUUCCAUACGGUUGUUCGCCGCAUACAACGAGGGUGUCAUCAACAUGCUGGAGAAGUACUUUGACAUGAAGAAGAAUCAGUGCAAAGAGGCACUGGAGCUCUACAAGACCUUCCUCAACAGGAUGACUAAACUGUCCGAGUUUCUCAAAGUGGCCGAGGCCCCCAGCUCGCUCCUGGAGGCUCUGGAGCAACAUUUAGCCUCCCUGGAGGGCCGGAAGCUCAAAGACCUCUCCACUGCCAGCAGGUCCAGCACUCUGUCCAGCACAGUGUCAUCCCGCUCCAGCACUGGGAUCUCCCUCAGCCGAAUGGACGACAAGACGGAGAACAAUAGAGUGCAGCAACACAAGGACGCCGGUCAUAAGGCGAUCGAUAUCCAGACGCCCAACGUGUCGCCCAGCACCCAGUCCGUGGGCAGUGCCAACAGCAGUGGAGGAGCUAUGGACCUGUUCUCCAGCUCACCCCUUGUAGCUGUCAACAACCAUGUGCCAAACUUGACCAGUGAGCUGUUCACCCUGCAACCCCAUUUCACACCCCUUCAGACCACACACACUGUGCCCAACAACAACGCCUGGGGAGGUGAUUUGCUCAAGCCGGCCCCGCACACUCAGAUUCACAGCUCCGGUGCCCCACUGCACUCUGGGAAGAUGCUUUCCAGCGAUUUGGACUCUUCAUUAGCCAACCUCGUCGGGAACUUGCAGUUUGGGGGACCGCCAGCCAAACGGCCUGAGCUGCAGUGGAGUCAGCUGGUGGAGAAGAAGCCGACAGGGGGGAGUGGCUGGCAGACAAAAACCGUGUGCCAUAGCACAAACUGGACUCACUCGGCCCAUCCCAUGGCCCCAGCGCCCAUGCCCGUCCCUCAGAUGAAUGGGGUUAUCUACACUGGCUAUGCUCCAGCUCCAGUAGCUUUUCCUAUGACAACCCCCCAAGUGCCUGUCUAUGGAAUGCUCCCCCCUCAGAUGAGCCAUCAGAUGGGGAGUGUUCCCAUGAUGCCCCAGCAGCCCGUCAUGUACAACCAGCCGGUCCUGAGACCCACCAAUCCAUUCGGACCCAUCCCGGGGACGCAGAUGCACUUCAUGUAGAGAUGAUGCUGUAACCAUGGCAGCAGAGCUGAGAGUGCCACAGAGGAAGAGUGAAGACAACAGAAGGACGACAGAGGAAGUAAAGAGGGGACGCAGAGGGAGGAGAAAGAACCAACGCUCGGCCCUCCCCAGAUAUACUCGCUUCCCAUCCGUGUGCCAACCGGUCCCCAAAAAAUAAAAACGCCUAGAGGCACCAGAAGCUCAGAACAGAUAUUCCACUCACACAUCACACUGUUUGUUUUGCUGAAAACAAACUGUGAUGAAGCUACGAACACUAAAGCUGCUCCAUCGCCACCUCCUGACCCAAUUUUCUCCCCCAGUUAGACCUCCAAUUCAGUCCUCCCUGUCCUGGAGUCAAAGAAACUGAAUCGGUUGCUGGCACUUUACUCCAUGUGAACUUUGCCAAGGGUGUGCGUGCAUAUGUGUGUGUGUCCCGUGCAGGAGAUUUUUAUCGAUUGGUUAAACCAUCAACCUGAUGUCGGGUAGUCAAAUUUUUGUAAGCGUUUUACAUGUGGUGUUCCGCAUCAUUGUUUUGUAGCCAAAUUUGUUCUCGUUUGCCAACUUCACAUUAGACUAACUUGGGAGUGUGGGGGCUUGGGGCGGUUGGGCAUGCUUGUGUGUUUCUCUUUUGGUACCUGAGGUCAGGACCGUGUUUGCCAACUGCACUGGAACUACAGACAAAAGCACUCCGAGACACACAGAGGAAUUGCAAAAUUUAGAGGUAAUUGAAGUGCUUUUACUAUUCGCUUUUCAUUUUCUCCUCUACGGCUGUGCAAUAUCAUGCAAAAACCAUGUCUUUUUGGAGUGUUCUGUUGUCGUACACUCAUGUCCGCAUCAGGAUUAUGUAUAAUAAUGUUCUUUUUAUACAGACACAAUACACUGAGAGCCAGUGAAACAGUCUCCCAUGCGAAAUAGUCAAAGACCCCCAAGGGUAUGUCAUGAAGUCCUUUCUGACACUGAGGAAUAAAAAAAAAAGGCCUUUCAACACAGCAUAAAAAUUAGAAAAGGGUAAUUACCGUAUUGUUGAAGACAGACUUAUUAGUGUUAACAUUUAUGCAUAGGACAUCUAAAGGUCAGUGACACAUGUCUAAGGCCUCUUGAUCAGGGCCCUCACUAAUACAAGAUGUUUUGAGUUCCAGGAGUGGUGUCAUGAAAGAUAUACAGUGGUGUGAAAAACUGUUUGCCCAGCUCCUGAUUUAUUUUUUAUUUUUUUUGCAAGUUUGUCACACUUAAAUGUUUUCCAUCAUCAAACAAAUUUAAAUAUUAGUCAAAGACAACACAAUUAAAGACAUUGCAGUUUUUAAAUGAAGGUUUUUAUUGUUAUGGGAGAAAAACAAUCCAAACCUACAUGGCUCUGUGUGGAAAAAGUGAUUGCCCCCUAAACCUAAUAACUGGUUGGGUCACCCCAAGCAAAAUAACAAUACAAUACAAUGAGUCUCUUACAGCGCAGUGGAGGAAUUUUGGCCCACUCGUCUUUGGAGAAUUGUUGUAAUUCAGUCACAUUGGAGGAUUUUUUAACAUGAGCUGCCUUUUUUUAAGUCAUGCCACAGCAUCUCAAUGGGAUUCAGGUCAGGGCUUAGAUGAGGCCACUCCAAAGUCUUCAUUUUGUUUUUCUUCAGCCAUUCAGAGGUGGACUUGCUGGUGUGUUGGAUCAUUGUCCUGCUGCAGAAACAGAGACGAGCCGUGAUGUUCCUUUUGCUCAGCAGUGGUUUUCGUCUUGGAACUCUCCCAUACAAGCCAUUUUUGCCCAGUUUCUUAUGGUGGAGUCAUGAAUACUGACCUUAACUGAGGCAAGUGAGGCCUGCCGUUCUUUGGAUGUUGUUGUGGGGUCUUUUGUGACCCCUUGGAUUAGUCGUCACUGCGCUCUUAGGGUUCUUUCCGUCACCACUGUUUUCGCCAUUUGUGGUUAAUGGCUCUCACUGUGGUUUGCUGGAGUCCCAAAUCUUCACAAAUGGCUUUAUAACCUUUUCUACACUGAUAGAUCUCAAUUACUUUCUCAUUUGUUCCUGAAUUUAUUUAGAUCUAUGCAUGAUGUCUAGCUUUUGAGGAUCUUUUGGUCCACUUAACUUUGUCUGGCAGGUCCUAUUUAAGUGAUUUCUUGAUAGAGAAAUGGUGUAGCAGUAUCAGGCCUGGGUGUGGCUAGAAAAUUUAACUCAGGUCUGACAAACCAGUUAUAGUUGUAAGUACCCAGUUAACAGGGGGGCAAUCACUUUUUCACGCAGGGCCAUGUCGGUCUGGAUUUUUUACCCAUCCCUUAAUUUUGAGAACCUUCAUUUAAAAACUGCAUUUUGUGUUGUCUUUGACUAAUUAAAUUUGUUUGAUGGUGGGAGACAUUUAAGUGACAAAAUAAAGAAAUCAGGAAGGGGCAAACACUUUUUCAUACCACUGUCCCUGCAAUUCAAAUCCAAAUUACAAAGUUUUCCCCUUUGAAGUAAUCCCCCUGGGGUCUAACGCAGUUUCCCAGCUUUCUCUGCCACAAAUUCAUGCACUCGUGGAAGGAUUCUUCCAGGAUCCUCCACAGCUCUGUUGUCUUGAUGACGUCCACAUCUUCAUAACAGGUCGCCGCGAUGACACCCUUAAGCUUGGUAAAGAGGGGGUGGGGGAAUCACAGGGAGCCAGGUCGGGUGAGCAAGGAGUUUGCUCCUGAUAGGUGAUUUUCGUUUUGGCCAGGAGGGCAUUGUGAGCAGGCAGGUUUUCAUGGUGAAGCAGCCACAAGUUGUCCUGCUACAACUGGCCGCUUCUCACGCACUGAACGAAGCAAACACUGCAGCAUCUUUUCGUAGAUUUUGGUUGAUCACCUCUCCCACACUGAAGGGGAAAACUCAUAGUUUGGAUUUAAAAUGUCUGCUCAUUCUCUGUCAUCCAGGUCAUGAUAGUCGAGGCAACUGGACUGGUCUAGUUCGUUGAAGACUUUUCACCUUUAAUCUGAAAGGAUUCUUCAGUUCCAAAUUUUAUAGUUGUAGUUUCCCUAUUUAUGCCUUGGUGGAUGUCUCCCCUGUGGGUGGUCAACAAUAGGGUGUUGUUGUUGUUGCCCGGCUUUAAUGAAAAAACCAUCCUGCAUAUUAAUCAGUCGUUCAUGCACUGCGUCAAAGCAAGCUCGUAGGGCCAGUCUUCCUAUAAAAUGAGGCAAUCUUUGGGGAGAGGAAUGUCAGGACAUUGUUUUAGGCAGAGGAGAGUUAAUGCCUCAAACUUCCUCCUCUGCGAAGGGACGGCUUUUUUAGUUCAACAUAGAUGGCUUAUUUUACAUCUCUUUCAAGUAGCGAUCAUUCCUAUCCAGAAUUUGGAUGUCAUUGUCCACGAAUUGCACUUCUUGAGAUGCAAAUGAACCGCUAACUUUGGACAUGAGAAGUCACCCGCCAAUGUUGCGCCAUGCGUCUGCGCAACAGCUGCUUAGUUUUUCCAAUAUAGCGAUCAUUGAAGUGCAUAAUAAUAAUAAUGCAUUACACUUACAUAGCAUUUUUCUAGACACUCAAAGAUGUUUUACAAUUGCACACAUUAUUCAUUUACACCUAGUGGUGGUCUGACAGAGGUGUGGCUGCCAUUCUGCACCUAGAGCUCUUCGAACCACCACCAAACAUUCAACAUCCAUUCAUGUUUAAUGUGGAUUAAGUGUCUUGCCCAGGUACAGCAACAACGUGCGCUCGGGCGGGGACACGAACCAGUGACUCUCCAGUUCUCGGGCGCACUUUUAUCCUUUGCGCCUCGCCCCCCACAAACAACAUUGCUGAGUUUGUUUCUUGGACUUUUGUUCUUGAAAUAGCUGUCUGGGGGUGCUGAUGGGUUUGACAUGCUUUGGGAGUUCCAGUAUGUUUGGAGAAAGUACUUCUGAGUUCCUUUGACAAAUCAUCCACGUAUAGGGUUUUAAACAUAUCUUUUGUGACACUAGUCCUUGAACUUCUCUUGACAUACCUCAUAUAUUUCUCUUUUGGUAUGUCUGAUGUCAGGACCGUGUUUGCCAACUGCACUGGACCUACUGACAAAAAAAGCGCUGAGCCACACCCAGGAAUCGUAAAAUUUGGAUGUAAUCUAAGCACUUUUAGUAUUCGUUUUUCUUCUUCUCUACGGCUGUGCAAUAUCAUGCAAAAACCUGUCUUUUUGGAUGUGGUGGUAUCCUACCCCUCAUAUCCGCAUCAGGAUUAUAUACAGUAAUGGUCUUUUUAUAUAGACUAAUGCACUGGGAGCCAGUUAGACCGUCUCCCAUCCGAUAAUGUCAAAGGCCCCCAAGGGUAUAUAAUGAUGUCCUUUCUGAUACUGAGGAAGAAAAAAAAUGCCUUUGAACACGGCAGAAAAAUUAGACAAGGGAAAUUACCGUUGUGUCAAAGACAGGCUUGUUAGUGUAGUGUUAACAGUUAUUCACAGGACACGUAAAGGUCAGUGAGACGCGUCUAACGUCUGUCGAUCAGGGCCCUUACUGGUAGAUGAGAUUGGACAGCCUAAAACGAGAGGUUUUAAUGAUACGUUAAAUGUGAACGAAGUCACGAGUGACCAUCUUUAUAGCACAAAACCAUUUGACUGCACAAAAAAACAACAAUGAAAACUCAUUGUUGGGAUGUACAGUACAGUCGAACGGGGCAAUAAUCGAUCGACGGUUGUUUUUCUAUUCAUGCACUCUGAACACACCGUGGUCACAGGCAUUACGGUGUAAACGUGUGUGCAGGAGCUCUUCAAUAACAACAAAAGUUCUUGAAGUCAACAUCCUUACGAGUGCAAUUACCUUCCCAACAGAGUGAGACUGAAAAAGAGGCUCCGGCCUGACAUUUGGACAAAUGUUAAUUUUCUCUCUAUUUCAUCACUGUGUUCCAGGGGCUCGGCUUUCUCAGUCGAGCGCCGACUGAUUGUUAGUGUCCUCUGUAUAUAGCCGAUGCUGUUCAUGUGUUUUUAGACGUGUUUGGAUGAUGUAAUGUGUGUGAGACCAAUGUAUUGCUGUGUCUGUGUUUGAAUGGUGGUGUUUUUCAAGGUGUCAUAGUCCAGGGGGCUGGUGGGAUUUAGGGAUCGAUAUUAAGUCAUGUUUGUUUCUGUCCAGAGGAAAAGGGGAAGAGGGGGGUGUCUACGUUCAAUUAUCACAACUGGUCUAUACACCAAGAGUGUCUUCAUCAAGGAAGAGGGCAGGACAGGGUCUGUCCUCUCCGAAACAGGAACAUUUUUUGCACCAAAGUCAUCAUCAAAAGCGCAGCUUCUUCUAAGUCAAUGGAUGAUCAGAACUCUAAACAUUUGUGUUUUUUUUUGUUUUGUUUUUUUUUUUUUUUAGAUGAAAGUUUUUGGGUUGUUUUGCAUGAUUUAAGUGUUGUCUUUUUAUUGGCUUGUGUGCCCGGUAAAAGCAUGACCAUGGCGUGAACUUUUCUUAAGUGUGUGUGUUUGAACAAGAUUUUUUUUAAACUUUCCAUUAAUUGACAUUCAUAAAUCAACUGUUUUACAACGUAAGGGGGUCUGUAACGGUUUGAAGGUCGUCUUGCAUGCCGAAAUGCAAACCGUGCAAGACAGCCAAUGAAGAACUUCAAACCCAGUUACAGUCUUUGUAAAACGCCAUGAAUGUCAGUUUUUUUUCCAUUGUAGCUAGCCGGACAUUGCAGUCUUUAUUAAAGCCUUGCUAUUUUCCAA